AUGGACCGGCCCACCAAUAUCCGGAACAUGAGUGUUAUUGCCCAUGUCGAUCACGGAAAGUCGACGCUCACGGAUUCCCUGGUCUCCAAGGCUGGUAUUAUUGCUGCCAAGAACGCUGGUGAUAUGCGUUUCACCGAUACUAGAGACGACGAGAAGGAGCGUGGUAUUACCAUCAAGUCUACUGCCAUCUCCAUGUACUUCGAGGUUGACAAGGAAGAUCUCGGCGCCAUUAAGCAGAAGACCGAAGGAAAUGAGUUCUUGAUCAACUUGAUCGACUCGCCUGGUCACGUCGAUUUCUCUUCGGAAGUUACUGCUGCUCUCCGUGUCACCGACGGUGCGCUCGUCGUGGUCGACUGUGUUGAAGGUGUUUGCGUGCAAACCGAGACCGUGCUGCGUCAGGCUCUUACCGAGCGUAUCAAGCCCGUUGUUAUCAUCAACAAGGUCGACCGUGCGCUCCUCGAGCUCCAGGUGUCGAAGGAGGACCUCUUCCAAUCAUUCUCCCGUACCAUCGAGUCCGUCAACGUCAUCAUCUCCACUUACCACGAUGCUGCUCUCGGUGACGUUCAAGUCUACCCCGACAAAGGCACCGUUUCUUUCGGUUCGGGUCUCCACGGAUGGGCAUUCAGCUUGCGUCAAUUUGCCGGUCGUUAUUCCAAGAAGUUCGGUGUGGACAAAGAUAAGAUGAUGGCCAAACUCUGGGGAGACAACUUCUUCAACCCCGCCACCAAGAAAUGGUCGACCAAGAACACUGAUGCGGACGGCAAGCCCCUUGAGCGCGCCUUCAACAUGUUCGUUCUCGAUCCUAUCUUCAAGAUCUUCGAUGCCGUCAUGAACUACAAGAAGGAGACAAUCACCCCUAUGCUUGAAAAGUUGGAGGUUAAGCUCGCUCCAGAAGAGCGCGACCUUGAGGGCAAAGCUCUCCUUAAGGUUGUCAUGCGCAAGUUCUUGCCCGCUGGUGACUCUCUCUUGGAGAUGAUUGUCAUCAACCUUCCUUCCCCCGCAACCGCUCAACGCUAUCGUGUCGAGACUCUCUACGAGGGCCCUAUGGACGAUGAGUCUGCCAUCGGUAUCCGUGAUUGCAACCCCACCGCUCCCCUCGUUCUCUACGUCUCCAAGAUGGUGCCAACUUCCGAUAAGGGUCGCUUCUACGCCUUCGGUCGUGUCUUCUCUGGUACCGUGCGCUCCGGCCCUAAGAUCCGUAUCCAGGGCCCGAACUACGUUCCUGGAAAGAAGGACGAUCUAUUCGUCAAGAGCGUACAACGCACCGUUCUCAUGAUGGGUCGUUACAUUGAACCUAUCGAGGACUGCCCUGCUGGUAACAUCGUUGGGCUCGUCGGUAUCGACCAGUUCUUGCUCAAGUCCGGUACCCUUACUACCAGCGAGACUGCCCACAACAUGAAGGUCAUGAAGUUCUCUGUAUCACCUGUCGUGCAAGUUGCUGUCGAAGUCAAGAACGCAUCCGAUUUGCCCAAACUUGUCGAAGGUCUCAAGCGUCUGACCAAGUCCGAUCCUUGCGUUCAAGCAUGGAUCGCCGAGUCUGGAGAACAUAUUGUUGCCGGUGCUGGUGAGCUCCACUUGGAAAUUUGCUUGAAGGAUCUUGAGGAAGAUCACGCUGGUGUUCCUUUAAAGAAGUCCGACCCUGUCGUUGGGUACCGUGAGACCGUCAAGGCCGAGUCCUCGAUUGUUGCGCUCUCCAAGUCACAAAAUAAGCACAACCGUCUCUAUGCCAAGGCUAUGCCUCUGGAUGAUGAGGUUACCAAAGCUAUCGAAACCGGAAAGAUCAAUCCUCGUGACGAUUUCAAGAUCCGUGCUCGUAUCCUCGCAGACGAGUACGGCUGGGACGUCACUGACGCCCGCAAGAUCUGGUGCUUCGGUCCUGAUACCACCGGCCCUAACCUAUUGGUUGAUGUCACCAAGGGUGUGCAAUACCUCAAUGAAAUCAAGGAUUCUUGUGUUGCUGCAUUCCAGUGGGCCACCAAGGAAGGUGUAUGCGCUGAGGAGAACAUGCGUGGCGUUCGUGUGAAUGUUCUUGAUGUCACUCUCCACGCUGAUGCUAUUCACCGUGGUGGAGGACAAAUCAUCCCCACCUGCCGUCGUGUCACCUAUGCUGCAUGCUUGCUCGCCACCCCUGGAUUCCAGGAGCCCGUUUACCUUGUUGAGAUUCAAUGCCCGGAGAACGCAAUUGGUGGUAUUUACUCUGUGCUUAACAAGCGUCGUGGCCAGGUCUUCUCCGAAGAGCAACGUCCGGGAACCCCCAUGUUCACAGUCAAGGCCUAUCUGCCUGUCAUGGAAUCCUUCGGUUUCAACGGCGAACUCCGCAGUCACACUGCAGGCCAAGCAUUCCCUCAGGCCGUCUUUGACCACUGGGAAUUGAUGAACGGAUCUCCUCUCGACAAGGGCAGCAGGAUUGAAGAACUUGCCCGAAACAUCCGCACGCGCAAGGGUCUCAAGCCCGACAUUCCACCCCUGGACACCUACUACGACAAGCUCUAA